CAAGGAGGAGGGGUCAUGAUACCUGACGUCAUUAUGCUCCCCCUCUAUCAACAAACGACCCAGGCUGGGCUCACCUUUCCUGAUCUGAUCCAAUAUUCAGUAUCUCCACUACCCAAUUGAAGCCUAACUUUUGCAUCUUUGACGUGUUGAAACGCCAUGCCUACCAAGCCGCUAAUCCUCGCCGUCAAUGCGGGCUCCUCCUCCGUCAAAGUCAGCGUCUAUACACUCUCCUCCUCGGAACCACACCAAAUUGCAGAAGCUCAGCUCGAUGGGCUGACAGCCCCGCCAGCGAAGCUAUCAUAUACCCGCGGCUCCACUACAGUGUCCAAAGGAAAGGAGCAGCAACAGGACGUCAAGGACCAAGGCGCAGCGUUCUCGAUCCUCCUAGAUGAGCUGGUAAAUGACUCAAAACUCACCGAGCUAGCACGCAAGGAGGAUAUAACCCAUGUCUGCCACCGGGUUGUGCAUGGUGGAGACUACUCCAAGCAGCAGCCGAUCACGAAGGAGACACUCCAGACUCUGGAAGAACUGAGUAGCCUGGCACCACUUCACAAUGCGCCGGCCCUAUCAAUAGUGCGUAGCUGUCUUGACGAGCUGCCAGGCACGCGCAACAUUGCCUGCUUUGACACACAGUUCCAUCGGGGCUUACCGGAGCAUGUCCGCACGUAUCCGAUCAAUCAAGAAGUGGCGCGCAAGAAUGGGCUGCGGAAGUAUGGGUUCCAUGGGUUGUCAUAUUCAUUUAUCACACGUGCCGUGGCAGGAUUCUUGGGCAAGAAGCCAGAGGAGACUAGCUUGAUCGCACUGCACCUUGGAUCUGGAGCGAGUGCGUGUGCGGUUAAGGGGGGUAAGAGCUGGGAUACGAGUAUGGGACUCACGCCUCUGGCGGGGCUUCCAGGGGCGACGCGAAGCGGGAGCGUAGAUCCUAGUCUCGUCUUCCACUAUGCUUCAGAUGUAGGCAAGCUAUCACCCGCCUCAACAAAAGAGCUCCACGUCUCGCGCGCUGAGGACAUACUAAACAAGCAGUCCGGCUGGAAAGCGCUGACAGGCACGACGGACUUCGGUGCCAUCAGCGCGGGGUAUGACAAGGACCCUGCGAAGAAGCUGGCGUUUGAUUUGUUUGUUGACCGGAUCUGUGGCUUUAUAGGCGCGUACUACGUUAGCCUCCAUGGCGAGGUAGAUGCUCUGGUCUUUGCUGGCGGGAUUGGCGAGAAGGGUGCUGAGCUGAGGAGGAGAGUUGUUGAGCAAUGCGCUUGUUUGGGGUUUGCAAUUGGGGAAGAGGCGAAUGGGAAAGGGGGAGGCGAUGACGUGGUGCGGGAUGUUAGUGGGAAGGGACAGCAUAAGGUGCUUAUUUGUAAGACGGAUGAGCAGCUUGAAAUGGCGAGGGAAGUGAUGGAGAUUGAGAGCUUGAGUGGGUAAUUUGUAAUGGCCGCGGAUAGUUUCUAGUCUGCGGUACUCUUAAUGACUUACGAUAAUUUUGAAGGUUG